CCUUCUCCUCCCUCCUGCGCUUGGGGAAGGAAGGGGCUGGGUGGGAUUCAGGGGUCCCCGUUAAGAAGAGCUGCGUUGGCUGGCUGGGACGUCCGGUGACCGCGUGAAAUGUUGGCAGAGAGCGAAGGAGCCCCUGGUCGCAUUCCCGAGGACACAACACCCUUCACCCUCCGGAUGGCACAUGCAUAAUCUACGAGAUAUGCUGGGCGCCGUCGGCUCCGCCCCGAUUGUCUUAGUUCUUGAAUCGGUGGCGCUGGAGUGGGAGGAGCCGGACUGCCAUCCUGCUCCGAGGGUGGAGAGUGCACAUCUGGAUCGGGAAAAGGCCCUGGCGACGCUGCAGUAACGGGAACCGCAGCCGCGGUGUGGCUCAGGCUGUAAGAAGCCUGUUAUUAAACACAGCUGCCUGCAAUUACUGCAGGUUCAAGCCCCACCAGGCCCAAGGUUGACUCAGCCUUCCAUCCUUUAUAAGGCAGAAACCCCCAGAUUUUGUUCCUUGUGUGAACCUUCUGGACAUGGCUGAAGACAUCCAAGGGCCAGAACGGAGAAUUGUCCUGGUGGGCAAAACCGGCAAUGGGAAAAGUGCCAUGGGAAACACCAUCCUGGGGCAGAAAGUCUUCGAGUUUGGGGUGUCCCCCCAUUCAGUCACAAAGACUUGCCAAAAGAAGGAGACGCAGUGGAGGGGCCGGAAGGUUGCGGUGGUCGACACGCCAGGUUUUUUUGACACCAAGGUUUCCCAGCAAACAAUUGCUGACGAAGUGAGCAAGUGCAUAAGCUUUUGUUCCCCGGGUCCACACGUCAUUCUGCAGGUGAUUCGUCCCGACCGGUUCACCCAGGAGGAGAAGGAGGUGGCUCGCUUGAUCAGUGAGAUCUUCAGCCUGAAGGCCAAGAAUUACAUGAUCCUCUUGUUCACCCGAAAAGAAGACCUGGAAGGGACCUCGCUUAAGACAUUCAUGCAGGAGGAACCCUCCCUUUGGGCUCAAGCGUCCCAGUGUGGCUUCCGCUACCUGGCUUUCAACAACAAGGCCCCAGGAGAACGAGAAGCUCAGGUGGCCCAGCUGAUGACCAUGAUUGAUGACCUGGUGGAGAAGAACAACGAUGCUCCUUGUUACACGGAAGACAUGCUGAUGAAAGACGAAGAGGAGUUGAAGGAAAAAAAGAAGGAAGAAAAGAAGCGCUCCUGGUGUGCUCUUCUCUAAUAGACACCAGAAAGCCCCUCUACUUGAUCCUCGGCUCCAAGGUGGCAGCUCCGUCAAAGACCACAACCCUGCACUUCCCUGUUCUGAGUUCUAAUCCAGCUCUCAUCAGGGGAACCUCCCAAGAACCCCCACCCACCCCUCCCACUCCCAGUCUGAGUUUCGUGCGUGGCUGAGCCAAUUCCUUCUCCCGAGAACUCAGGUUUCUCCCUUUGGAUGACAGGACUUCCUUCAAGGGCCCCGGAAGGAAGAGCCUGCUCUCAACUUGGACACACACACAUAUGCACCCCACCAAAUUCUCCACCAGCCUGGGCCCUGUGUCCCUUUGGAAGGACACUCUCUUUGGGCCUUUCCCACCUGCCCAUCGGUCCUUCCAGAUAGUCCGGACUGAGAAACCAACCAACCAGCACAAGAAAUAUGAGAGCUUGGCUUGACUGAGACCGAAUAGCAGGACUUUGAAAGUGUCCCGUUGGAAUAUUAUGCCAUAUGAACCCCUUUAUGAAACUGUUUAUAAAAAUACUUAUGUGCAAAUAUAAGCAUGAGUAAGUUUUGAGAAAUUGCUUAUGUGCAAAAAUAUCAGCAUAGGUAAGUCUGGCUAACUUUUAUCAUGUAAGCAGAAAUCUGUUUGAUGUCAAGGUUGCAAAGAUGUUUGCCUGUAAAUGUAUCAACACCUUUGAGAUAGCCACAGAACAUUCCUUCUCUGAUAAGGCUUACUUCACAGAGCUUCAAAAGAAGUUGCUCCCACACACAAUUAUAUGAGAUUUGUUAACAAGCAGAGCCAGGAUGUUUCAUGAAUAGUGUAACUGUAAAAUGCCUUAGACACGUGUGGGAGUGAUAUCCUUGUAGUCUGUGUAGAUUGCUAUGCAACUGUACCACGUAGGCAAUAAGCAGAGAACAAAGAGCCACCUCAUGGCAAAACUCCUCCCAAGAAUCAUGAGCUUUCUCCCAAAAUCAUAGGCUUGUGAAUGUGCUUGUAGUCACGUGUUCACAUGUUGAAUAUAUGCUAAUAUGUAACCUCCCCUGCUUACCUUCUGUAACCCACCCCUAACCUCUAAUCUUAAUAAAAGGGUUGUCUCGAGCUAGCUCGGGGCUCGUUCACCUCGAGGAGAAUUGGACUCCGUGUCUUCGUUCUCACUCCGUCCGGCGCAGGGACUGCCCGGACCCUUUCGUGGCGAGCCCGCUGGCCGCGAGAAAAGCCACAACUGGUGACCCCGACUUGAUCCCCAGUCCUGGUUGUUCGCCUUGACGCCCCCAUACUUUCGCCAGUGAGGCAUUCCAGUCAUCAGACUUAGUGAGUAUGGGGAAAGGGUUGUCCAAGCCCCAGGUCGCGCACCUCCAAGAACUUGGAGACCUUGUCUUGGCUGCAAAAAUUAUUUGUAUAAACCAUGGCAAACCUUUGUUCUCAAUUUCAGGGAACGAUCUAGUCAAAUUGUUGAAAUUCAUUUGGCAAAAAUAUCCCACUUAUCCCCCUUCAGGGGAUAUCACGUCUAAAAAAUGGAGGCGUAUAUUGAAAUAUUUAAAUGAACCCCCUAAAGCCACUUACGAUUUGAUUGUAACUUGUCAGGUAAUUGUUAAUAGCCUGGAAAUUUAUGAAAAGGCUAUCAGAGAUUCGAGCGAUGCCAUGGCGCUCAAUGCUGCGUCUCCACUUCCAUACGAGGAUGCCUCCACGCAGCAAAAAUCUCCCGAGGUAAAAUGCUCCAACAUUGCCUCUUUAACUGAAACAUCUCCACCAUCUGCCCCCCCUCUGCCUCUGCCAACUGUGGAUGCAGAGAUCUCGCCUCAUUCUGCUCUUACAGCUGGACUGAAGAGAGCUAUGGGAAUGGGAGAGCUUUCCUUAGAGGAUUUGCAAAUGUUUCCCGUUGGCCUUAUAGAUGACCCACAAAAUCCCAAUCAAAAAAAUUGGGGUCAUCAAAACUCUGUGCUUGCUGUCCCUUCAGCCCCUCGCCUUGAACUCUCAAAGCAUAUUCUUUUGUAUAAAAAAGUUUUAUUUUUACAAUCAUAUCAAAUAAUUCAUCCGAUGUACAGUUAUAUACAAUUAGUCGGGCCUGCCCAGUCACCACCCCCCUUUUUAACCUUCUUCCCUCUUCUACCUUCUUUUACUUUCCAAACCUUCCUCUCCUUCUCUUAUCUACCUCCUCUCCUCCCUC